UGGAACUCCGGUCUACUGACAGUGAGUUGUUGGAAUAGAGUCGCACCUCUGCUGAUUUUCUCUUUGAAUUAUGAAAAAUCGUAGCAAUUCUCGAGAAUUUCGUGAAAUUGAUAAAAUCAGCAGUGGAAAUUUGAAAAGCUACGUCUUCAGGGCCGUAUUAUGACAAACACAAGUAGAAUUAGCAACAUUUUUCUUUCGUUUUUCUCUUCAACUUAUGAUGCGAGCUGUAGGUAUACGCAAGUAUAUAUGGUCGAUCUCAAGCCCGAGUAUUUGCAAAGUAAAAUCAAAAAUAUCGAAAUUCGAAAUUCGCGCUAAGAACUCUGCGGCGCGGAGAGAGGUGCAUAAUAUAUAUAGAUAUAUCCACAUCAUAGAUGUUAUACAUAGGCGAGCAGCUGCCUGGCCGUGUCUCGCCGCUGAUGCUGCUGCAGUGCUCGAAGCAGUUUCCAAUGGCGUAGUGACUACACAAGAUUUCUCUCGGGCAUCAGUUUGCUGCUGCUGCUGCUGCUUUACGCCGCGCACUAUACUUGUGUUUCUUUGCAGCUCAUCACUAGAGCUAGACGUCGCAGUAGUAGUAGAAGUUGUAGCACCCAGUAGAUAGUAGUAGUGAGUGUCAGUCACGAGCAGGACGACAUGUCGAGUGUGCGCUUACACUAUUGCUGCUCCGUCAGGAGAGAAGUCUGGAAAUAAAUAGUCUCGGCGAUGACGCGAUCGCUCACACCCACGAGCAGCGCGACUACUUACGCGGCUCUGACCUGGCGACAACGUCGGAGUAUAGUGCAGCAUCGGGCAGCAUCGAUUCUCUCUACUCGUUUCUACCUACUUGGCCCCAGGCCCACAUAAUAAUUUCGCUGAUUCCUCCCUCCUCUGUGUUUUUCCCCGCUUCGUCUGCUACUUAGGUAUACAUACACACACACACACACACACACACACAGUGGUGCUUUGUAUACCUACCACUCGCGGAUGAGGAUAAAAUUCGGAGCGUAAUAUUGUUAACUUGCGACGUUUCUCGAUGCUGACGAGACUACGCUCUGCCUCAUCAUCCUCUUGUCUGACGUUCCUGCAGCCGAUUCAAGGACGAGAAUGUCUGCCAGCAGCGACUCCGAAGAGUUCUUCGAUGCCGAGGAUGACACGACCAAUCGGGCUCCUAGGAAGAGCAGACACAGAGAAUCAAUCAGCACAGAGUCGCAUGAUGAGAAGUUUUCUACUCCCAGUGCAAAAACAGAGAGUCAUGUUUUUCUCAAGCCAGCUGAUCCAAAGCCGCAACCUCCAAGUGAAGCGAGUGAAAAGACUAUCAGCGAAGAACCGGAGCAGAAACAAAUCACUGAAAAAACAGAGGAAGAAACAAAAGGGGCUGGAGCGGAUAAAAUAGUAGGCAGGCGAAAAUUCAGAGAGCUGAGGCAACGUAUGCAAACAGAGGAUGAUGACAUUCCUAUAAACAGCUCUCCUCCGGAUAGUCAAACCUCCUCCAUAGAAGGAGUUUUUCCAACACCUUCAAAAACUUCCCAUCCUUUCAGAAUCAUUGAGCAUGACACACUGAGUUUGCAAAGCAUGACUUCUUUAGGCCGUGUUGGCAGAAUCUUAGCAGGAGCAUCGGAUAAUACUUCACAAGUCUUAGCUCCUGGUAUAUUACCAACUGCUCAAGCAGCAAGCAUAUUGCCCAGAGAAACUCAAAUGGCAGCUAUACAUAGUGUUUCAAGUAAGGACGAAGAUACUGCUUCUGAUAAACUAUCUCAAUCAUCAAGUGUGAUGACCUUGUCUGGAGAUGUUCUUAGAGAGCCAUCUUUAAAUGGCAAGUCUGAUCAAUCGUCUUCUUCACAAUGUGAUAAAACUACAGUUCUCCAAGAGCCUGAUGUUAUUGCCAGUACUAAAUCAAAUGGAAAACCUAAUGAAAUUCCAGCUAUUCCCAAUAAAAUGCCUGUGGCACCACCUCGGCGCAAAAAGAAAACGAAAGCCCAAACACCAAAUGAUUUAGUUUCGGCAAACAAGGAAAUUUUACUAUCGACGUCAUCUUUGCCUAGUCCAGCUAGUACCAUAGAAUCUAUAACCAGAGAAUUUGAACAUUCAUUAGACAUAAGAUCUGCCACAAAAGGACAAUAUGUUGUUAAACCACAGAUGAGUUUUUAUCAACUAUAUUUGAAAUUGCUGCAGGACGAAGAUAAAGCAAAAGCUGAAGGUCCCUCUUCUGAAGAGCUUGAAAGAUUAGCAAAAUUAAAAGCAGAGUUAAUGAGUGCAAAAACAGGUGAUAAGUCUAGUAGUGCAUUAGGUUCGAUAGUUAAUAAUAGUAUUGGGCGACACUCCUUGGGACCUCAUAAAAUUACAGGAUUAAAUCCGCAUGGUUCAAGAGAAAGACGAAAGUCAGCAGGUGAUCAAGAUCUAGUGAAACAGUUGAAUAUGUUUGUGAGAACUAGAACAGAUUCUGGAAAACGUCUUACAGACAUGGAAAUACUAGAACAGGUGACGGUUCUAAACCUGGACACUGGCGAGCGAGUGCCCUUGAGCAUAGCCGAGGACAAGUUGCCGCAAUGCAUAAAUCCCUUGUCGCUGCAUAUAAUGCGACUGACGUCCGAGUAUAUAAGCAACUCGAGCCUCGAGAAGGAGAAGGAGAGUGACGAGGAGAGCGUAGACAGUAAGAUGUCAAGUAUACCGCCGGACGAAGACGUGACUGUGGGUCGUGUGCGCAAGCGAACGCAGAAGCUUAGGCGUUUCUUCGGCUCGACAGUCAAGAAGACGAUGGACAAAGCCAAGUCCAUAGCCCAGGAAGUGUCUCAUGCUCGUCACAAAGAGGAUGUCAUGGAUAUCGUAGAUGACGUUUAUCCAGGCGAACAGCAGUGCAUCAAGCUGAAAGCAUCCAACAGCCACAAAGGCCCAUAUGAAUUCUACUGUCUACAGCAUGUGCAAGAUCUCAGUGGCGAGCACUCGGGCCCCGUUUGGUGUAUGAAGUUCUCUGCUUGCGGACGGCUGCUGGCCACCGCUGGUCAGGACCGUGUGCUAAGGAUCUGGGUCCUGCGCGAUGCUUUUGCCUAUUUCCAGGAUAUGCGGACAAAGUACAACGCGGAAAAAGUUAGCCCGACCCCUUCGCAGGAAUCGCUCGUGUCGCAACAGUCGAUGGAGGAUCCGCAUGCUAUGGCCAACGCCCAAGGCUAUGCCGAAGGUAGCAAGGGUCCUUUUAUGCCCAAACCCUUCUGCACUUACACCGGCCAUACCUCUGACCUCCUGGACGUUUCUUGGUCAAAAAAUUACUUUGUUCUAUCGUCCUCUAUGGAUAAAACGGUACGACUGUGGCACAUCUCGCGCAAAGAGUGCCUCUGCUGCUUUCAGCAUAUUGACUUUGUGACAGCCAUAGUUUUUCACCCGCGUGACGAUCGUUACUUCCUCUCGGGUUCCCUCGAUGGUAAGCUCCGACUAUGGAAUAUACCGGACAAAAAGGUGGCUGUUUGGAAUGAGGUAGAUGGUCAGACAAAGCUCAUCACAGCAGCAAAUUUCUGCCAGAACGGCCUGUUCGCCGUGGUUGGCUCAUACGAUGGUCGAUGCAUAUUCUACAAUACUGAUCAACUUAAGUACCACACGCAGAUACACGUACGUUCGACAAGGGGCAAAAAUUCCACGGGCAGAAAGAUCAGCGGGAUCGAACCCAUGCCUGGCGAGGACAAGAUUCUCGUAACUUCCAAUGACAGUCGUAUCAGGUUGUAUGAUCUUCGAGACCUAAACCUGUCGUGCAAGUACAAAGGCUACGUUAACGUAAGCAGUCAGAUCAAGGCAAGCUUCAGCCCUGACGGCCAGUACAUCGUGAGCGGAUCCGAAAAUCAGUGCAUCUACAUCUGGAAGACCCACCAUGACUACUCCAAGUUUUCGAGUGUGCGUCGUGACCGUAAUGACUUCUGGGAGGGUAUCAAGGCUCAUAACGCGGUGGUUACUUGUGCUGUAUUUGCUCCCAACCCUGACAGCAUAAUCAGACAGAUUGAAGCCCGAGAGCAGCAAAUGGAGGCUGCCAAGAAUGCGGAAGGAGCCGCGGCCGCUGGUGGAGGCCCAUCGAUGGGUAAGAAUAGCGGUGACAGUGCUAGUACCGACGCUACACCCGUAGAUCCAGUGGUAGAACAGCGAACCAAGGGCUGCGGUGGUCACGUCCUUGUCAGUGCUGAUUUUACUGGAUGCAUCAAGGUGUUCCUCAACAAGACCAAACCAAAGCACAGCUCCCUGCCGGCCUCGGCUCUUGCUUAAAGCGUUGUCGGCACCGUGAGAUCGCAAUAUUAUCAUCCCGAGCUGGGUUGUCCAUUUGGGUAUGAGGGGAGUUCGAAAUUUUUUUGUCGCGUGAUUGUUGCUACUUAAAGAACGAUCGGUGCUUGAAUUUUCGCCCACUAUGAUCAAUCACGUUUAUCGAGUAGAAAUUUGCGAAGCUUUCUCAUCGAUUUGCACAGUGAAAUACGCUUGUUUGAUUGAUAUCCACUUUUUGUAUUUGGCGUCACUGAUGCAAUGUUUGGUUAAGCCAGCGUGUAAGAGUCUUGUUUGUUCUGGUAAUGUCUGAGAAAAUGCUGAACCAUUAUUGUUGUCAUUGACGAUUGCAACUCUGCUUGAUGCUAACGUACACACUAGCAUAAAUCACGUAGUAUCAGAUUAGCCAAAUUAUUGGCUUUUUGUUUUAGAGAAAUUCUUAUUAAUGGUUUAGCAAUAAAAAGUCAAUUAUUAAUUACGUGCCUUUGUGAAAAAUUUCAGAAAAAUGUAUGAAAGUAUAGAUCUUUUUUUGUGACAUCGAUAAUUUGACAUCAAAAAAGUCUCUCUUAUUGAAAACGACAUUCAAUUUUCAAAUCUUCCUUUAAAAAAAUCAAUUUUUUUCUAAAAUAAAAUGUAGUAAAGCUAAAAUUUUACAAAGGCAGCGUAAUUCAUAAGAAACGCAUUUUCGAUAUCCAAAUCGAUGCCCAGCUCUAAUUUAUAGAGUGUUAAGAAUGAUUUAAAUUGUUUGAAAAUCCAUACAAGAUACAGAACAUUUUGAAAUUUUGUGGUCUAUUAAAAGACAUAAAAUACUUUGGAACUAUUUUUGAAUUAUAUUGAUAACAUAAUGAUACGCUAAAUAUCAAUGUUAUCAAUGUAUUUUUGUAACAUAAGUAAAAUUCGAGUAAAAAUAUAUUUAAGAUAAUGCAAGAACAUCAAAAUAUAUAUACUUUUAGCACAGCUAAAAACAGUAACAUUUUAGUUCAUUUUUAAAAUUUUUAUUAUUAUUAUUAUACUUUAUUCGCAAUAGCCUUUAUAAAAAUAUCUGAAGUAACGAUUUUAUGACCUAUAUGAAUCUUCCGACAUAAUGCAAACCUUUUUAAUCAAAAGUCAAAAAACAUUUUAUAUUUGAUUGAAAUCUUCCAUAACGAGUGUCAAUUGCUUUUAUCAUCCUUAUUCUAAUGAUGUUUAUUGAUACUUUUUAUUAAUUUAUUAAAUAGAUGCGUAUGUACUAGAGAGGGCAAAUUUUUCUAAUAUCUACAUAUUUUUUUUAUAAAAAUCUUUUACAUCUUGCGAUACGUCCUGUUAUUAUCAAAAGCCAAAGUUUGAUGCUUUAAAUAAACGUUUUUCUUAUUUUUUCUAAGAAAAUACUUGUAAAAUAUACUUCAGAUCUUUUCAUGAAGUCUUACACUGAAAAAGUUAAAGUCGUCUUGAAAAAUUAAUUAAUUUGUGGUGAAUCACAAAGAAUUUGUUAAUAAGCUUAUUACCUUGUUUGUGUAUUCAGUUACAAUUUAUUUGUAUGCAUACAUAUAUUUUGUAUGCUUGAUCCGUCUAUCGUCAGAAGAUUUAAGUUAGAAAGAUUCAUUUAGAAAUGUGUGACUUCGUUUCACAGCUUACGCUUUAAGGUAACCAAUUUCGCUAUUGACGUUUGGGUUUUAUCAUCAAGAUAAAUUAAUUUUGCAAGACCGCAAUUAUACAAAUCAGCUAGUAUUUGGCUUUUUUUUAAACAGUGAGUAUAUUUUGUCCGGCAAUGCUUUUAAAAUAUAAUAUAUACCCAAAAAUUGUAAUUUCCCUUAGUGGGAAAAUCGAUUGAUUUAAUAUUCAUUACGAUAUUGCAAAAGACGAAGGGAAUAUACAUUCUAUAAAUAUAUAUUAUAUGUAAAUAUGCAAGAAUAAAAAAACUAUAUAAACGCUCUAAAAAGAUUGAGUGAGGAGAGGUAAAAAAUCGUUGUAGUUUUAAGAUUGUAAAUAUGAUUUUUGACGGUAAUACAGCGAGAGUAUGCUUUAGUGGGUACAUAUAACAUUGCCAUUGUUUGGCUGUGUCAUGCACAAAUACAUUGUUUGUGAUCUCGUUCGUAGACUAAUAUCGUCUGUUAUACAAAGUGUAUCAACGCCACGCAUAUUAAUUCCAUGGCGAGUUUUUCAUUCGUUAUAUUAUUUAAGCUGUCGGCAAUAAGGAGUGUAACUAUUAUUUAUCGUGAGAUUUGUUUUACUUGUUGGGCUUUGCGUUGCGGCGUUAUGCGAUUAGAAGCUAUAAAUGAACUUUUUUUAACUAAUCCUUCUUUUCUAAUGUAUGCCAUCACACAUGGAAAUCGAUUAAUUGUAUAAACUACUAAUAUGUGAAUUCGUUGAGAGCUGAGUAUGCAAUGAAAAUUGUUCAUUAAGUAUUAUAAAUAAAAAGAACGAAGUAUACUUUUAAA